AUGCCCCAGCGCUGCCUCUUGCUCAUCUUCGCCUCCGCGUUAUGGCUGGCACCCGUCGCUUGGAUGGUGCAGCCCGUGCUGUGCUCAGCCGCUGUCCACGGGAGACCCGUGUCGGGAGGGAAAAAACAGGGGUUUGUGGAGAGAACGCUAAUUCUCCUAGACGUGAACACCCGGAGUCCAGUUAAGGUUCUAAAUGAAAACUUCCUUUCCUUACAGUUGGAUCCUUCUAUUGUUAAAGACGGUUGGCUGGACUUUCUAAGCUCCAAACGGCUGGUGACACUUGCUCGUGGACUUUCUCCAGCUUAUCUGAGGUUUGGAGGCAAAAGGACAGACUUCCUGCAAUUCCACAAUCUGAAGAAUCUAGCCAAAAUCCGUGGGCCCGGCCCGGACUACUACCUGAAGAACUAUGAGGAUGACAUUGUACGGAGUGACAUUGCUCUGGACAAGCAGAAAGGCUGCAAGCUGGCCCACCACCCUGACAUGAUGCUGGAGCUGCAGCGGGAGAAGGCAGUUCACAUGCAGCAGGUGCUGUUGAAGGAACAGCUUUCCAACCUGUACAGCAACAUCACACUAACAGCCAGGUCUUUAGACAAACUCUACAACUUUGCCGACUGUGCUGGGCUGCACCUGAUCUUUGGAUUGAAUGCCCUGCAGCGAAACCCUGACAACUCCUGGAAUGGUUCCAGCGCCCUCAGUCUACUCAAGUACAGCGCUAGCAAGAAGUACAACAUUUCUUGGGAGUUGGGCAAUGAGCCCAAUGGCUACCGCACUGUGUCAUCCUGCACCCUCAACAGCAGCCAGCUGGCACAGGACUUCGCCCAGCUGCGGACGCUGCUGCAAUCCGUGCGCUAUUACAGCCGCGCCAGCCUUUAUGGACCCAACAUUGGACGCCCCCGCAAGAAUGCUAUCCUGCUGCUGGAGGGGUUCAUGAAGAAUGCUGGUUCUAUUGUAGAUGCAGUUACGUGGCAACACUACUACACUGAUGGGAGGGUGCUGAAAGUGGAUGACUUCUUGAAAACACGCCUCCUGGAUACAUUAAAUGAGCAGAUCACUAAGGUGCUGAAAGUUGUGAAGACACACACACCUGGUAAGAAGGUGUGGCUUGGUGGAGUGGGGCCGGCCUGGGCCGCAGGCACCAGUAACUUGUCUGAUACGUACGCUGCUGGCUUCCUAUGGCUGAAUACUCUGGGCAUGUCCGCAGUUCAGGGCAUUGACGUCGUCCUUCGACACUCCUUCUUUGACUAUGGGUACAACCAACUUGUGGACCAGAACUUCAACCCUUUGCCUGAUUACUGGUUGUCCCUGCUUUUCAAGCGGCUCGUGGGCCCCAAGGUCCUGGCAGUACACGUGGCUGGACUGCAGAGGAGACCACGGCCAGGCCGAGUGAUUCGAGACAAGCUGCGCAUUUAUGCACACUGCACAAACUUCCACAAUCAUAAUUAUGUGCGAGGGUCAAUAACAAUCUACAUUAUUAACUUGCACCGGUCACGGAAGAAAAUCAAGCUGGCUGGCACCCUGCGCAACAGAACUGUUCACCAGUACUUGCUGCAGCCCCUGGGCACAGAUGGCCUGCAGGCCAGGACUGUGCAGCUCAACGGGGAGCCUCUAGUUCUACUGGACGACGAGACAUUCCCGGACCUGAAGCCACGGACACUGCGGGCGGGUCGAACGAUAGCCAUGCCACCCAUGGCCAUCGGCUUCUAUGUCAUCAAAAACAUCAACGCGUACGCCUGUCGCAAAUAACUAGUGCUCAUUGAACCCCAGACCUUCCCCUUUUGUCCCUCAGCAGAGCACUGCAU